CCUCAACUUUUCCUUUUCCAAUUGGCAUUGAUUUUCAGAAAGCAAAGGAAUCAAAACCCUUUCCUGCAACUGCAACACCAAAUCAUCAUUUUCGUCACAAAACCAUUCUCUUUCCCCCUUUUUUUUUUUCUUCUCUCUUCUCACUUCAGUACCCAAUAGACCCAAAUUAUCACCUAAACUAAAACACUAACAUGUACAUACCCCUCGCCUCAUCCAUAUCUCUUCCGCAAAAACCAAACUUUCCCUUGAUUUUAGGAAUCUCAUAAAACUUCAAAAUCACAACAACAACAACAACAACAACAAAAAACCCGAUGUUGUUGGUGCUCUCAUGAAAUCCCCUCUAAUCUCUUAUUUUCAAAAGUUCAAAAAAAUGGAAUCUUUAUCCUCCACUCUCAACUUCUUCUUCACACUUGAACACAGCAAAGACCAACUUUAUUGAGAGUCACACACACACAAGUUAAGCCAUUCAUUAAAUGGAGAUUCAGCAGCAGAGUGUGAAGCAGCUCAUGGUUCACCAUAACACACCCAAGAAAUUAUGGUUUUCACACAAAGGAGCGAAAGAAUCAGAGAAAUUUUCAGAACCAAUCAACGGUACUCCUCCAAGGCUGAGAUGGAAGAAGAUCUUCUUCCACCAUCAAAGGUCACCACCACCACCAUCUUCAAAACCCAACAAAACCCAAAACCCCCCUGAAGAGUUCCUCUGCCCCAUUUCAGGUUCUCUCAUGGAAGACCCCGUGAUCGUUUCCUCAGGCCACUCCUUCGACCGUUCCUCCGUUCAAGCCUGCAAAAAUCUCAACUUUACACCUCAACUCUCCGAUGGAACCAUGCCCGAUUUCUCCACCGUGAUCCCCAACCUCGCCCUCAAAUCCUCCAUUCUCAAAUGGUGCCAGACCACAACCUUUUCACUCCCACACAAUCCGACCACCUCUGCAGAGAACCUCGUACGAACCUUAAUGGUUUCGAAGAAACCAGACACAAACGUAGGUGCCGUCGAGGCUUCGGAGAAAAAGUUGAUGAUUGAAGGAGUGAAGGAAAACCCACCAUUGGAAUUCUUCAACCAUGCAGAAACCGAAGUCCCUAUUCGACAAACACACUUGUAUUCGAGUUCAUCCGAGGAAUCCAUAGCCACAGCUUCAACCUCAGCUUCAACCCCACCUCUUCAACUCUCAACUCGACCCAGUUGCUGCUCCUCUUCUUCACCUUCACCUUCUUCCUCAGAAAUCGAACCUUCAACAACAACAACAACAAUUACACCUGAAGAAGAAGAAAUCAUGGCAAAACUAAGAAACCCACAAGUUUUCAUAAUCGAAGAAGCACUGGUUUCGCUGAGAAAAAUAACAAGAACAAAAGAAGAAAGAAGGGUUCAACUUUGCACAACCAAGUUACUCUCUUCUCUACGUUCCCUAAUUGUGUCAAAGUACACCAACGUUCAGGUCAACGCUCUCGCUUCAGUGGUCAACCUCUCGUUGGAGAAGAUGAACAAGGUGAAGAUCGUGCGGUCAGGGAUCGUUCCACCGUUGAUCGAUGUUUUGAAGUGUGGAUCCUCUGAGGCACAGGAACACGCUUCCGGUGCACUCUUCAGUUUGGCACUCGACGACGACAACAAAACCGCCAUUGGAGUUCUCGGUGCUCUUUCGCCGUUGAUUCACAUGCUCCGAUCCGAGAGCGAGCGAACUCGCCAUGACUCGGCCUUGGCGCUUUAUCAUUUGUCUUUGGUGCAGAGCAACCGGGCCAAGAUGGUUAAACUCGGGUCGGUUCCUGUUCUUUUGGGCAUGGUUAAGUCGGGUCAUAUGACGGGUCGGAUCCUGUUAAUAUUGGGUAAUUUGGGUCACGGGUCGGAUGGGCGGGCUGCAAUGUUGGAUGCGGGUGCGGUUGAAUGCUUGGUGGGGCUGUUGAGUAGGACCGAGUUGGGGUCCGGGUCGACUCGGGAGAGUUGUGUGGCGGUUAUGUAUGCACUGAGUCACGGCGGGUUGAGGUUUAAGGCGGUGGCUAAGGCGGCCGGAGUGGUGGAAGUGAUGCAAAAGGUGGAGAAGAUGGGGAGUGAGAGGGCUAAGGAGAAGGUGAGAAGGAUAUUGGAGAUGAUGAGAGGUAAGGAUAAAGAAGAGGAGGAUGUGGAUUGGGAGGAGCUACUUGACUCGGGGUUGGGUCAUCGAACUCGGGGUCGACUCAGUAGUGGGUUGGACGAGUCCACUUCUAACUCGGUCUGAGUUUUGAGUAUAGUUAAAAAAAAUUUCCUUUUUACUGUAAUUAGUAGUUUUUGUCUUUCUACACAAUGCUUGGUAGAAAUUCACUUGGUUCUCAUGCUGCUUUGUUUUUUAUUUUGGAAUUGGAAAUUGGAAAUACUUUUUUUUUUUUUAAUCUUUUUGUGGGUUUAGAGGGAUGAAAAUAACAGUGGAUUUUCAGCUGAAAUGUGGUUGUGAGAAUUAAUUGUUGAUUAGAUUUAUGUAGCAGGGGAAAUGAAGAAGGGUGAUGACCUUGUUGAUGGAAUAAUCGAAAGAGAAUGACUAUAAAGUUGAAGAUUUUUGUUGCAGAAAGUGCUGAGGGUGUGAUGGUGUAUAUGCUUAUGCUACCACUUUAUUCCCUUUCAUUUACAGACUCAUUGGUGUAUAGAGCUGGUUAUGUUCCCUUUUUUGGUUUUGCCUUUUCUUUUUCUCUCU